AUGACUAUUCCAAUUCAUCUCUUCGGUGCCUACUGUAUCAUGUUCAAAACUCCUCCAACGAUGAAUUCUAUCAAAUGGAAUCUGUUGAAUUGUCACUUCUGGAUCUCUUUUGUGGACGUCAUGAUUAGUUUGCUCACCACACCGUAUCUUUUAAUUCCAACACUGUCUGGUUACCCAUUAGGAAUACUGAAAACGCUUGGUGUUGGGACGAAUGAACAAGUUUUCUUUGCCAUGUCUACAUUAGGAACGCUGGGAGUUUCAAUGAUUCAUUUAUUCGAAGCGCGUCUUCUCUCUUUCAUAGAUCAUAGACAUUGGUGGAGGAAAGUCCGUGUACCUUGCUUUUGUUCCUUGGCGCUUGAAAUUUUCUGGUCUACUGUGAUUACUAAAUUCGUCCUGGACCAACAAAUCACAAAAAAUGUUUCAAGAAACACGAUGAGAAUGCAAAGGAAAUUUCAAAGAGCAUUAUAUUUUCAGGUGCUCAUUCCAUUUGCAGUUAUCACCGUACCAGCCACUUAUCUUGCCUCAUCCAUUGUAUUUGGUUAUCACUUUCAGUAUCUCAAUAAUAUUUCAGUCAUUUUUGUGUCUUUCCAUGGAAUUCUAUCAACAAUUGCCAUGCUAUCAGCUCAUGCUCCUUUCAGAGAAUACACGUUGAGCUUGUUCAGGGUUCGAAUUGUACGAAAAACAGAAACUGGAAGUUUUGCUCGAGUCGGAAAUUUCGUAUGUUCCGGCCCUACUUCUUGA